AAUUAUUUUUGGCCCGGUUUUUUUGCGGAUAAAAAUAUGUGCCAGGGGGUGCCCCUACCUAAAAAAAAAAAAUGGGGUAUUAUUGAAAAUAUGUAUUGGGGUGUUAUGCUCUACCCUAAACAAUAAGGUAAUAUGGUGUCAUGAUUUGGAAUUCUACAUGUAUCAUUAAUUUUGAUUUUUAGGGUGUGGGUAAUAUGUCCUACCCUACAUCAUAAUAUUGCAUUCCGAUGUCUAAAAUAUUACUAUUUCAAAUGUCAAUGUUAUCUCACUUUUUCCAAUUUUAUAUUAAUCAGAACUCAUAGUUUUGCAGUAUUUUGACUUGUAAUUUCAAUUUUUCGGAUCAUUUUCCGGAGAGAGAGAGAGAGAGAGAGAGAGAGAAGAUAGCACCCAUUUUGUUCACCCAGGGGAUGGCUCACGCCUGGUAGGAAGAGAGAGAGUGAGAGAGAGAGAGAGAGAGAGAGAGAGAGAAGAUAGCACCCAUUUUGUUCACCCAGGGGAUGGCUCACGCCUGGUAGGAAGAGAGAGAGAGAGAGAGAGAGAGAGAGAGAGAGAGAGAGAGAGAGAGAGAGAGAGAGAGAGAGAGAGAGAGAGAGAGAGAGAGAGAGAAGAUAGCACCCAUUUUGUUCACCCAGGGGAUGGCUCACGCCUGGUAGGAAGAGAGAGAGAGAGAGAGAGAGAGAGAGAGAGAGAGAGAGAGAGAGAGAGAGAGAGAGAGAGAGAGAGAGAGAAGAUAGCACCCAUUUUGUUCACCCAGGGGAUGGCUCACGCCUGGUAGGAAGAGAGAGAGAGAGAGAGAGAGAGAGAGAGAGAGAGAGUCUAGCAAUCAAAGAUAUCUUGAGAAGGUACUACCCAGGAGCGCUUCCUGGAAACUUCGAUGAUUGGAGCUGUAUUCGAAGCCUGAAUCGUCACAAUUGGUUCAUCCAGGUCAUCAUCGGCCUUACGCUUCCGGCUUACUACAUAAUCACACGAGACUUCCGGCAUCUUCUUAGGAUAUCCUUCAUCGUCGAUGUCGAUCGUGCCGACACGCGCAACAACACAGGUUAUCCUCGUCGACAUCACUGAGAGGCGGACAGAUUUCGUCGUCGCUUGUGAAUCCCCGUCUUUUCGAAAGACCUUGCGAUCGUUGAGAUCCUUGAUGACACGGAUGAGUUCCUGAGCUUCGAUCUGCUCUCCAUUUGCAAACGUCUCUUCGACAAUAUCCAGAACACCUGCAACCUUCAUCACGUUGUACAUCGAUCUUCGUCCGUCGUCCCAGCAGCGGAGCAGUCUGCCCGUAUCUCUCCAUGAUGAUGAUCCAUAAUCCUCUACACCAUCAACAACGAUCUUCGGUAGACGCUGGUGUUUCUCACCGCUCACGAGAACGCGCGUCGACACCCUGCACAGAUACUGUGCAAUCUCCAUGGGAGUCAAGUCCGUCCGAUCCGGGUGAAGAAGCAUGGGUCUUAGCUCGUAAGCUGUACCCAGAUCGGUGAGUAACCGAACGGUUAAUUCAUCUUUAUUACUACAAGAAAAUAAAUAAAACUUCUCUACAUACGGUUCGGAUGUUGACCAGGCCGACAUCUUUGAUCUGGUAGAGAGAGAAAUUCUGGAGACGGUACUCGAUCAUCCAAUGGACUCAAAAAUGAAUUGUGAACCAAAAAUGAAAUUAUAUCAGGUUUUAUAGGUCCCGCCAAGUCCCGUCCCGCCGGGUCCCGCCUCCGGGAAGGUGACGACCUUGGAGAACACGGUGAACACGGUGCGCGCCAAAAACCAAAACGUUGCUCGCGACAUGUCGUGUCUUUUUUGGUUCGGGUUUGGAAUCUUUCCAUUGACAUAAGUCAAUUAGUUUUCCAUCUAUGUCCGUAAUCGAAAGGUCCAUGAGGUGUAGAAUUUUUCUAGCUUUCCUCUCGUAUAAUUCUUUUCGACAUACAACAAUUCUUUCUCGAACUUUUAGCUGCUGGAAUACCGGAUUCAUCUUGACCUCAGAUGCACAGAUCAUGCAUCCAUGCAUUGACGUCACAGUACAUCAUUGCAGCACUGAUUUCACUGUGAAGUGUGGAACAUGGGUCAAUGCGCGAUAAAAGGAUGAAUGUGAUUUCAGCGGGAAGUGCGCUAAUUGGUCACAUGUUUUCAGCGGGAAGUGCGGUAAGUGGUUAAUUGUUUCCAGCGGGAGAUGAGUGGAUUGGUUAAUUGAAAAACAACCAGUUAUUCCGAAUUCAACUAUUACGAAAACCCUAUAAAAAUAGAUCCUCGGUACCUUGUCAAGCCAUUGUGUGGUUGUCCGCCACCACCCCUGCUCAGGAUGGAACCCAUUCGGAAGAAACCUCGUCAGUCUUUUGAUGUAGUGAGAUCAUCUGAUCUGUUGCAAUUCUUUAGUUAUUGUCCUGAUCAAGAGUUUGCAGAUGUACUAAAGUUUUUCUCUCAUGUUCUACCGUCGCUGGAGCUGCUUCUUGAAGAGAAUAUUGAGCAAUGGGGUCAGUACAAGUGUUCUUUGGUAGUUCAGGUGGUGAUGCAGAAGCUGAAUCCUGCUACAGGACAAAUGGUUUCCAACACAUUCUUCUUCCGAUCGAGUACAACGCUGGUGCUCAACACCAUGGAGCUGAGGGACCUUCUCAGUAGGAUGAUUGCUCAGAUCAACGCUCGUCUUGAUGAUUUCGUUCGUCAUGGAUCAGGUUGGGUAGUUGAACGGAUUUCCUGUUUACACAUCGAAAUGUCACGCUACUGUGUACUUGGAGGAAGUUCGUACAUCCCCUUGCCACCGGAGUUGAAGUCGAAGAAGGCCAUUGUUAACGUGCAGAACACUGACAACAAGUGUUUACUGUAAGUAUAGCAGUGGGGUUUCAGUGUGGUGAUACGGUGUAUGGAUUGAACUGUAUGACGCCUGUCCAUGUCUUAUGUCAUCCGUACUUUAGAUGGUCAAUACUGGCUGCUAAAUUUUCGGCAGACAAGUCUCAUCCAUGUCGUCAAUCGUCGUACGCAGAACAUGCGGAUACUGUGGAUGUGAGCGGCAUCGAGUUUCCAGCAAAACUGGAAGACAUACCAGUCAUCGAAAGACUGAACGACGGUCUUUACAUCAACGUCUUCGGAUAUGAAGAGAAAGUCAUAUAUCCGUUAAGAAUUUCUCAGCAUCCGCAGUCCGCCAUCAAUGUAUUGCUCAUCCAAGACGAACGCAAUGACGUGGAGGUGCAGCACUGGGUGUGGAUAAAAUCAUUCAGUCGUCUUGUUGCUACUGGAGCACGUCGAGCACAUUUCGUCUGCUUCAGAUGUCUCUCAACACACGUCACGGAGAAGGCAUUGAAUAAUCAUAUGAUGUACUGCAGUGAACAUCCUGAAGCCACGGUGAAGAUGCCAAAGGCUGGCGAUAGAGUGAUGUUCAGGAAUGUGAACAAGCAGCUUCAAGCCCCAUUUGUGAUCUAUGCCGAUUGUGAGGCCUUCAUAGAACCUCUGUCCGCUGACAAGAAAAUCGGUCAUUCGACAUUCCAAAAGAACAAGCAUGUAGCCUGUUCCUGUUCGUACAUUGUAGUACGAUCUGAUGGCGUCGUCACGAACCGUUUCUUCUACCGUGGAGAAGAUUCUAUGUUCUGUUUUCUGCUGUCACUUGAGCAAGAGGAGGAGACUAUCCGUGAUGAGCUUCUAGCAUGUAAUGCUGGUCAAAUGAUCAUUUCAGAAAGUCAGCAACGUGAAUUUGAAACGGUAGUCUCCUGUUGGAUCUGUGGUGAAGCGUUGGGUAGCGAUCGUGUACGUGACCACUGUCACAUCACCGGUGCUUACCGUGGUGCAGCACACAACCAUUGUAACCUGAACAUGCGGAUUGAGCCGUUCAAGAUCAAGAUUCCUGUGAUCUUUCAUAACUUGAAGGGAUACGAUUCUCAUCACAUCAUAUCUGCCAUUGGGAGAACGUCCACUGAUGAGAUUACGUAUGUGAACGAGAAAGGACAAGAACGGACCAAGCGUCUCGGUGCUAUCAAAGUGAUUCCCAUCAACAGUGAAAAAUAUGUCACAUUCGGAUGGAGACAGUUCCAGUUCAUCGACAGCCUGGCAUUCUUGAACACCUCCCUAGACCGGUUGGUUUCGGCCACACCACCAGAUGCAUUCGCCCUUCUAUCCGCACGAUUUCCAGACGAGGAUGAACGCAAACUGUUGACACGAAAGGGUGUCUACCCGUAUGAAUAUAUGGGGUCGUACGACCAAUUCGAAGAAACGCGUCUACCACCCAAGGAUGCAUUCCACUCAACGCUAACGAACACGGGUAUCAGUGAUGAAGACUAUGCCUAUGCGCAAACAGUAUGGACUGUGUUUGACUGUGAAGAUCUAGGAGACUAUCACGACCUCUACCUGGAGACUGAUGUGCUGCUGUUGGCUGACGUUUUCGAAAACUUCAGAAGAACUGCUCACGCAACCUAUGGAUUGGAUCCCGCUAAUUACCUCACCUUACCGGGAUUUGCCUGGGAUUCGCUGCUGAAAAUGACGAAGGUGUCCCUUCAUCUCAUUUCCGACAUUGACAUGUUCAACUUCAUUGAGCAUGGCAAAAGAGGUGGCAUAAGCAUGGUGUCCGCUAGACACGCCACCGCCAACAACAGAUAUCUAUCGGAGUACAAUCCAGACGAGCCGUCAAGCUUCAUCCAAUAUUUAGAUGCGAACAAUCUAUAUGGAUGGGCCAUGUCUCAACCCUUGCCCGUGUCGGACUUCUGCUUUGAAGCAGUGACGGAUGAUCUUCUGGAGACGGUACUCGAUCAUCCAAUGGACUCUUCGACGGGAUACAUGGUGGAGUGCGAUUUAAGGAUUCCAGAUGGUGUGCAUGACAUGAUGAAUGACUAUCCGUUGGCUCCUGAGAAGAUGAAGGUGACACGAGAUAUGCUUUCUCCAUAUCAGACCCACAUGGCAGAGAAACUAAUGGUGACCGGUUUGGAAGCGAAGAAACUGGUACCAAAUCUACUACCGAAAGAGCACUAUGUUCUGCACUACAGAAACUUGCAGCAGUAUGUGUCCUUGGGUGUGGAGAUUACAGAUGUGCAUCGUGUGCUCUCCUUCACACAACAUCCAUGGAUGAAGCCAUACAUCGACACUAAUACUGACCUGAGAAAGCUAUCAACUUCUGAUUUCGAGAAAGACUUCUAUAAGUUGAUGAACAAUGCUGUAUAUGGCAAGACCAUGGAAAACGUUCGAAACAGAGUAAACAUCAAGCUCAUUCGUGAACAGGAUGAAAAACCACGUCUCCAGAAAAGCAUCAACAAACCUUCGUACAUCCGCAGUGUAGCCUUUGAGAACGAUCUGAUAGCAAUCGAGUUUGCCAAGACAAAGGUGACUCUCAAUAAACCCAUUUAUGUGGGUACAGCCAUCCUCGAUCUGUCGAAGCACUUGAUGUAUUCCUUUUACUAUGAAGUUCUCCUACCCCGCUAUGGACAAAAUGUACGUUUGCUCUACACUGAUACUGAUAGUCUGAUCGUACAUAUUCAAACGGAUGAUCUGUACACCGAUAUGUCAAACAACAUAACAGCCUAUGACACAUCCAACUAUUCACCAUCCCACCACCUGUACAGCACGGUCAACAAGAAGGUGGUAGGGAAGUUCAAGGACGAACUAGGUGGCAAACCCAUCAAGGAGUUCAUUGGUUUGCGGAGCAAGAUGUACGCAUACCGCUGUGAAGACAACGACGACAAUGGCAAGCGUGCCAAAGGUGUGCAGAGAAGCGUGUUGAAAAACACCAUAACCGUCGAUGAUUAUCGAACAUGUCUCGUCGAGGAGUCUCAGCUGAAGAGAACAAUGAAUGUUCUUCGAAGUCGACGACAUUGCAUUCACGGAGAGGAGCUACACAAGAUUGCCCUCUGUGGAUUCGACAGUAAGCGUUACAUUCUGGAGGAUGGUAUCAACACCCUGGCAUUCGGACACAAGGAUAUUCCAAAGCACUGAGGGAUUUCCACACAUACUAGAGCAUAUGUCAUAUCUUCUCAUGAAAUACAUUGUAAAUACUAUGCGAUUCAUAAUAUUCACGUUAAUCCAAAGCAUGAGCUACAUUGUACAUAUGAAAUGCUAAUACUUUUUGAGAUCAUUCACAUCCUUCUUUGUUAACCAGGUAUGGAAUUUUUCGUCUUGAUAA